ACAAUUACCAUAAUUGCCAGAGAAGUCAUCCAUUGUCGAACCCCGGCCUUUCAAAAACAUCAUCUCUUGAUGGUAACCGCGCUCCACAGAGGACGUCAAGUCAACCGCAUUGGAGACGAUGGACCCCCUCAGCAUCACGGCGUCGACCAUCACCGUGAUUCAGUCGCUCAUAGCGGCCUACGACACGAUCAAGCACAUCAAAGACCUCCCCAAGGCCUUUGCCGAGGUGGGACGCAACCUCCCCUUGGUCAAGGAGACGCUCGACCUCGCGCAGCAGGCCCUCGACGCCGACAGGCCCGACGAGGAUGUCCAGGGCGCGAUCCAGCCCGCCCUCGCCGAGUGCCUGAAACGGGCAAGGACCAUCAAGGACAUCUUUAGCGAGAUCGAGCCCGGACGCCAGAAUGAGAAGGGCGGCGCGAGGGAGUGGUCCGUCUUCGUCCGCUUCUACCGGAAGAAGGUCGUGCCGUUCGGCAAGGCGCACAAGGUCGAGGCUCUGAUGCGGGACAUACUGAGCAAGCUGAAGGUGCUGGCGAUCCACCACGUCUUCAAGGCGCACGCCGAGUCCCUCGGGCAGAUGGAGAAGCUGGAGGGCGCCAUCAAGGCCCUCGCCGAGGUCGAGCCGUCCCUCCCGGACUCGGAGUUCGACGGCGGGUCCGGCACGAACGUCACGCAGAACAUCUCCGAUAGCGGACGGGGCCUCGUCUCGACCGGUGAACGCUCGGAGAACACCAUGGGGGACACGACAAAGUACCAGUCGGGGGGCGGGCCAAUGAACUUCGUGUAUUACGGUCAUGACACAACGCGGGCCGAGUGCGAUCCUAAGUCCAACCCGGUAGAGUGGCUGAGGCACGUCUCGAAGCCGCUUGAUUUCGAAAAGACCCAUGCCGAAUCGUUCCGGAUUGCCCAGAGGACCCCCAAGGCCGGCCGCUGGUUUCUGAAAUCCACAGAGUUCAAGGAACAGUGGUGCGACGGCAGCUUGCGGAAGCUGUGGUGUCACGGGAUUCCGGGCACGGGCAAGACUGUGUUGUCGUCCAUAGUCAUAAACCACCUCCGGGCUCGCUUCUCGUCGAACCCCGAGAUAGCCUGCGUCUUCAUCUACUUUGACCACAGACAGCACCAAGACCACUGCCUGACGAAGCUGCUAUGUAGCAUGAUACUCCAACUGUCGCGCGGCGCGAAAAACCUAUCCGCCAAGGUCCAAGAGGCGCACAGCGCUUGGAGAAGCACCCAGCAGACGCCGUCCGAGCGCGACUACCUCAAGAUGCUCAAGUCCCAGGCGAAAGGCUUCAAGACGAUUUACUUCGUCGUGGACGCGCUGGACGAGUGCCUCGACGACGACCUGGAAACCAACACCCUCAACGGCUUCCUGGGCGUGUGCCGCGAGCUCCCCGACAGCUUCAAGCUGCUGUUCACGUCGCGGCCCGUCAGCAAGUUCAGGACCCUGAUCGACCCCGGCUGCGAGCUACCCAUCACCGCCCACAACGACGAUAUCAGUGCAUACCUCCACAGCUUCAUCGAAAGCCGCCCCCAGCUGAACGGGAUAGUUGAGAAGGGGUGCAAAGCGGACCCGUCAUUCAGGGCCAAGGCUUUGGCGACCAUCACGGACAAGUCCCACGGAAUGUUCCUCCUCGCGCAUUUACACAUCAAAUCUCUGGCUUCCACUCACAGCCUGGCCGGGUUCAAGAGCGGAUUGGCCCAGCUGUCCACAAGUCCGGAUGCCGUAUACGCGACGGCCUUGGGUCGGAUCAAGAAUCAGGACAGGCCCCGGAGGGAGUUGGCGCUGAAGGCGCUCAACUGGCUGGUGAAUUCGGAGAGGGAGCUCUCUGUCGACGAGCUGACGCAUGCCUUGGCCAUCCACAACGGCGCCGAGGAGUCCAGGUCUCCGGCGUGGCAACUACCCAGGGCCUCGGAUAUCGCCGGCAUCGAAGACGCGCUUAUAUCAGCAUGCGUCGGCAUCGUGGUCGUCCUCGCCGACAGGCUGACCGAGCCGCGUACGGACGAUAUUUGCCGAGAGUACCCCCUCUACGGCUACGCCGCCAAUUUCUGGGGCGUUCACCUGGACAAGGCGACGGGGCCCAAGGGGGGAGACCUGUACAAGCUGGCCUGGCGCUUCGUCUCGGACAGGCCCCGGCUCGACGCCGCGGUGCGCGCCAUGACCGACCCCCGGGUCGCGCACGAGGCCAACGUGUCGGGCGUGCACGUCGCCGCCUUCUUCGGCCUCGAGAAGCUGGUCCGCAAGGCCAUCGCCAACGGCAGGGACAUCAACCUCAACGCGCAGACGCGGCGCGGCGAGACGCCGCUGCACUGGGCGGCGACCCACGGACGCCGGACCUUCGCCGAGUUCCUCGUCCGCGAGGGCGCCGAGCUCAACGUCCCCAACGCCGACAGGCGGACGGCCCUGCACAAGGCCAUCAUGGGCGGCGGCGACGGAGCGCUGGUGGACGCGAUCCUGGCCGCCAGCGGCCUCAACCUCGAGCUCGAGGACGCCGAGGGCUACACCUGCCUGCGGUGGGCGGCUGCGGUGGGCGAUGCGUUACCGCCGCGCGACCACCGCAUGGCUGCUGAUCCAGGCACGGGCGGACGUCAACAGGACGGACAACCAGGGCGACCAGCCGCUCCACGCGGCGGUGAGGGACUGCUGCGGCCCGGGAGACGGCGGUGGCGGUGGCAAGGCCUCGAAGAGUCUCCUGUGGCUGCUGCUGGAGAGCGGAGCCGACGUGAACGCCCGGGCCAAGGGGGACCACGGCCAGACGCCGCUGCACCUCGCCGCCUCGGCCGGGCGCGGUCCGGUCGUCUGGCUGCUCCUCGAGAACGGAGCGGACCCGAGGCGGCUGGAUUCCCGGAACCGCACGCCACUGCACUGCGCCGCGGCGAGCGGCGACGUGGAAGUCUGCCAGAUGCUGCUCCGGAAAGACGGCGACUACCUCGUCCACGCCGCGGACCAGCACGGACAAACACCGCUCCACGUCGCCGCGAUGGAAGAGAACAGCAGCAGCGCCGUCAUCGGAGUGCUGCUGGAGCACGGCGCGGACCUACGACGCGUCGAUUCAAAGCGACGCACGGCUCUCCACUGCGCCAUCCAAGGCGAGCAUGUAGAGGCCUGCCGGGCCCUAGUCCAGAACGCUGGGGAAGCCAGGGAGGCACUCUUGCUCGCAGUGGACGACGAGAGGCGGUCGCCGCUACACCAGGCGGCGUCUUGGGGUAACCUCGCCGUCGUCGGCAUGCUCCUUGACCAUGGCGCGUCCGUCGACGCCCGCGACCAUCGGGGAUGGACGGCUCUGCACGUGGCAGUCUUCAAAGGGUACGAGGAGGUCGCCGACCUCUUGCUGCGAAGCGGGGCCGAUAUACACGCCGUCGUCGCCAGGCGAAAGAGGACGGCGAUGCACAUCGCGGCGCAAGCUGGGCACGUCGGGGUCGUCGAGGCGCUGCUGCGGCACGGCGCCGUAGUGGACGCGCGGGACGGCAGAGGGGAAACGCCCAUGAAUCUCGCCGUUGCCAAGGGCCACAGAAAGGUCCGAGACUUCCUGAUCGAGCGCGGAGCUGAAGCACAGAGCCUGAACGGCAGCAAAGGCUCGGCGCCGGUUCAUCAGCAGGCCGUACCUAUCGAGGCUGGGGUGACGGAGACGGUCUACGCGGUCAGUGAGGAAGAGAGGGUCGA